CCAAACCAGUACCCCCAUACCUAUUUCGUCUUCUAGCACUUUCUCAUAUCAGUAUAAAGCUGAGAGUCUUGUGAUAAACGACACAAUUCAAUAAAGACAAGGGUUUCCACAGCAGCGCGCACGUUUCCGCGCUAAUUCGAUUCACAGGUCGUCAAUACUACCGUAGUGAAUGACGAGCAAUGCUGAAAUUUGAUUAUUAUUACACUGGAACUGAGAAAAUUGGUAAAUAGGCGGAGCUUGCAUGGCUCGGCCCACCUUUUGGAGCCGAGCUUGGUCAUUCGACAUUUGAGCUGUCAGCAAGAUGAGCCGAAAAUUUCUUCUUGUGUUCAUCGCAAUCUGCGUGCUCUCCCAAAACGCUAUGGCCCUCCGUGGUGCACUAUUCCGUUCUGGACGUAGCCUCAUACACCGUCAAAGUCAAAACGAAGAGGCCGUUCUCAACCAACCACAUCUUUUGCCCGCCGAAAAACGUUCCCCGAUCGUUGAGCUGUAUCCCGUGGUUGACUCUGGCAAUGUAGAACCUGAAGCGUUCCCCGCUUACUUCCGGUUCUAAAAAAAAACAAUAUAAAAACAAAGAGAUCGUGGUCGAAUCGACUGACAUAGUGCUACAUUUCUGAUAUUUUGAUAAUUAUGAUUUAUUUCUUUUGUAUUUUGCAUAAAGAUCGUGCAUAAAGAAUAAACGGUUGUGAG